AUGCUAACCCUUAUAACCGGCGCCAACGGCUUCAUAGCAACGCACUGCAUCGCCACGCUCCUCCGCGCCGGCCACUCCAUCCGAGGCACCGUGCGCAGCGCCGAAAAAGCCACGGCGACGCUUUCCGCCCUCCACGCCGCAGGCAUACCCCACCUCGACACCUCCCUGGAACUGGUGGUCGUUCCCGACCCCACAGACCUAGCGCAGUUUCUCCCCGCAGCGGCAGGCUGCGACGCUAUCCUGCACCUGGCGUCGGCAUUUACCUAUGAUGCGAAGCCGGGGCAGUUCGAGGAGCGGUUGCUUCGCCCGGCGAUACAGGGAACGAGGGUUGCGUGUGAAGCUGCAGAUCAGUGUGAGAGUGUGAGGAAGUUGGUGAUUAUGUCGUCUUUUGCGGCGGUUUAUGAUGCAGCGCUAGGGUUGCAGCCUGGGAAGGUGUAUACGGAGGAGGAUUGGAGUCCGUUGGGGUUUGAGGAGGGGAGUAAUACUGAUAAUGUGGCUGUGGCGUACCGCGCGUCCAAGGUUCUAGCGGAACGUACCGCCUGGGCAUACGUCAAGGGAAACAAUGUGGAUUUUCAGCUAGUCACACUAUGCCCUGGAAUGGUAUUUGGGAAGAUGAUCCAUCCGAUUACAUCGUUGGAACAUUUGAACGCUAGUAAUAGGAUUGUGUGGGAGGUAGCGAAGGGCGGGAGUGACAUCCCACCGACAAAGGCACCGGUCUGGGUGGAUGUGCAAGAUUUAGCAGAGACAUGUCUGCGCGUGUUGAUGGUUGAUUUACCCUCCCAUCAGCGGUUUCUGGUCACGGAGGGCCCGUACGAUACGCAGGAGAUUGCGGAUGUGGUAAGAGGGGAUAUUCCUGCUGCUUCGGGGCGGGUUGCGGUGGGUAGACCUGGAAUGAGGAUAAGGGAUACGCAUUAUUCGUGCGAUUCGGGCAAGGUAAAGAGGGUGCUGGGGGUGCAGUUCCGGGGGUUGAGGGAAUCAAUUGUUCCUUUAGUAGAGCAGUUGUAUGCUAUGGAGGAGGGUGAGAGAAGAGAUGCUCCGUCUGCCGCGGCACUCUAG